AUGAUCGGUGAGAGUCCCGGAAUAGAAGGCCCUUUAAAUAGCAUCCACCGAGAGGAAAACUCCUCACCUUCAGGAUACAGUGUUCAAGUUCAUAGGCCUCCCCUAACUCACACUCCCAGCACUCAAGCCGAUUACUGUUUUGAAGAAGCUCGUUUACGUGAAACAACAAAUGCACAGAGGCUUCUAGGUUUGCCGGUUGAUGACAAACAAAGUCUCAUAGCAAAGGGUAUUUUGACAAAAAUAUGCCGCAGAAAACCGAAGCAGCGCACCUUCUUUCUCUUCAAUAAUGCUCUUGUCUAUGCAAACAUCUCCUAUGGGAAGCUUCUUGCGCAUCCGCAUUCCUUCAAGUUGGAAGAGGUCUCUGUUUCUGAUGUCGACGACAGUGGAAUUUAUAGGAACGGAUUUAUAAUUGAAACGCCAAAAAAGUCUUUCACUGUCUACGCUACAAUUGCUGAGGAGAAGCGACGAUGGGUGUUAAGUAUCACUCAGAAUGCUGAGGCCUCCAGGAAAGCUGCGGGUCUUGAAGGCAAGGGAAAGCUUUCCGCAAUACAAAAAUCACCCGUGUGGAUCCCUAACUCUGAAGCCGCGCAUUGCAUGGUUUGCUUGAAUACAGAAUUCACGCUUGUUCAGCGCCGUCACCACUGUCGCAAUUGCGGGAAGGUUGUGUGUGCCAAGUGCUCGCAGUACCGCUGGGUGCUGCCGUCCCAGGGCCCGGACAAGUUGCGCGUCUGUCGGACGUGCCACGAGCUGUUGCGAGAGGAGCAGGAGGCCAAAAAAGCCGCAGACCACACCCCCGCAACACCCACCUCCUCCCUCAAACCCUCCGACCGUCUCCCCGUCUACGCUCCUCCCAGUAACUCCCGGUUUUUGCUUCCUUUGUGCCUCUUUUGUGUCCUGUUUAGUCACAGGUUGAAGCAUCGGUCGACAUUGACACCGGUUUCAGAUCAAAAUGAUUUUGAAUCAGUUCAGCUUCUCCCAGUUUCGUGGAUUAGCCGUUCCGUCGAGAUCGAUUGCUCCCUGCGUUUAACAUUUCACUCCUGCGUAAACCUGCUAAUUGCCGCAUUACACAUUGUCGACACCAAAUUGGUAAUAAGCACUUCUACCGGUCUUGCGGCAUGA